AUGAUUCACGGUGUGCAGGUGUCUUCGCCCUGUUUUUAUUCGAGCCGCUCACCGAGUACAUCUCAACUUUGCCACUUUUCGGCCCCCUAUUUUUCUGGCGAGGGACAAAACGAGGCAGAAGUUGAAGGUCGUAUGGGAAGAUUGUCUGCAAUUCCAUUCCACUGCAUUGAUCCAUCCAGCCAUGAACAUCCAGCGUGUAAACAAACCACGUCGUGGUGGUUAUGGUUGUAG